CUCAAAAUUAUUUUUAACUCUGUUUCAAAUUCUAUAGUAUGCAGCUUAUUCACUACUUGUUCUCUCUCUCUCUCUCUCUCUUUAUCUCUUUUCAUCACUCUAUAUAUGAAUUGCUAAUGAUACAAUUGAUCUACAAACAUCAUUAUUUCCAGAUACUAGUGAAAGGUUCCUUGACUAAACUUUCUACUCUAUCUACUUUCUUCUUUGUUAGUCUGUUGUCUGUACCACUCUCCACGAACUUGAUUCAUAAAGACUCUAUUCAUAUGAGAUGUAGUUCAUUUGUAUUUAUUUACCUUUAAUUCUCUACUCCUGAACUAACUAACAUACAUACAUACACGGGUAAGGUUAAUUUAUAUCGUAUAUUGUCUUCAAUUAUAGGAAUUCUUCUUUUUUUUUUUUUCCUUUUUCUUUUUUAAAUUACCCAACUUGGAAAUUUUGUUUCUUUUUUUUUUCCAUGCAAGAAGUCUAUCUAUA